UAUUAUGCUUUUAAAUAUUUCAGUUUUUCUUACUUUUAUUCCAUUGUUGCAUAGACAAUAUCACUUAUAUGUUUGGCAUAUUUAUUGCAAAUCCAGCCAUUAACCUGAUUAGUGCUAUAGCAUGUAUAAUUUUCACGUUGGCACAUACUUACAGAUUAUGAGAUGAAUCGAGAGUGGAUGUAUGUUAGAUAUCAAGGAGGAUAUUUGCAUCCAAGGUUUAUAGAAGGGGUAGAGGAAUUUGUGGAAUUUUCAAAACGACAUCCUGAUUGCAUGAAUGGUGAGAAGAUAAGAUGUCCAUGUGAUCAAAAAAAAUGUAGAAACAAAGGUUAUCUUGAGGAGGAUACUGUGAAAUAUCAUCUUGGAAAGUAUGGAUUCAUGAAAAAUUAUUAUUGCUGGUAUAGUCAUGGAGAGACUUUUGUACCCACUCCAAUCCAACCUACUCCUAGCAUGGAUUUAGAACAUGAAUUCCAUGAAACUGAAACAACUAAUCAUGGUGAUUUCUUCAAAUCAAUGAUGCAAGAUGUUAUUGGUCCUUCUGAAGUUCCCCAUUCAAUAGAAGAGAGUCCAAAUUUAGAAGCCCAGCGUUUGUAUGACAUGCUUCGGGCAUCUGAACAAGAGUUGUGGGAAGGAAAUCCUGGCGGACAUUCUCAAUUAUCCGCUGUUGCGAGAUUGAUGAAUUUAAAGGCGGAGUUUCAUUUUCCAGAAAGGUUAUAUGAUGAGUUUUGCAAGUUUUUGUCAGAGGUUUUACCUCCUGAUAAUGUAAUGACCGAUAGCUUUUAUAGCACAAAGAAGUUAGUGAGAAAUUUAGGUCUACCGGUUGAGGUCAUUGACUGUUGCACAAAUGGAUGCAUGUUAUUUUGGAAUGAAGAUGUUCAUCUUACUGAUUGUAAGAUAUGCGGACAUCCUCGAUUUAAGAAACUAAGUGGUAUUGCUAAUCGGAAAAAAAGUAUACCUUUUAAAAAGAUGCAUUAUUUUCCGAUUACACCACGUCUUCAGCGACUUUAUGCCUCAAAUGCAACGGCAAAGCAUAUGAGGUGGCAUGGUGAACAUGAAUGGGAAGAAGAUGGUAUAAUGCAACAUUGCUCAGAUUCUCCAGCUUGGAAGCACUUUAAUGAGGUGAAUCCAUUAUUUUCUUCUGAGAUUCGCAAUGUCAGAUUGGGUUUGUGCACCGAUGGAUUUCAACCAUUUGGACAAACAGGGCGACAAUAUUCAUCUUGGCCUGUAAUAGUGACACCGUACAAUCUUCCACCCGGUAUGUGCAUGAAAGAUGAAUACAUGUUCUUGGCGUUGAUCAUUCCUGGGCCCAAAAAUCCAAAAGAAAGGUUGGAUAUUUUCUUGCAACCUCUAAUUGCGGAGCUAAAACAGCUGUGGGAGUUCGGUGUGAACACAUAUGAUAUAUCAACCAAGCAAAAUUUUCAAAUGAAAGCUGCCCUAAUGUGGACGAUUAGUGAUUUUCCGGCAUACUCAAUGUUAUCAGGUUGGAGUACAUCGGGGAAGUUAGCAUGUCCUUACUGCAUGAGUGAUUCUGACGCAUUUACAUUGACUAACGGCGGCAAGACAUCAUGGUUUGACAAUCACAGAAAAUUUCUACCACUAUGUCAUCAAUUUAGAAGAAAUAAAAAGUGGUUCAAAAAAGGAAUUAUGGUACAAGAAGUAGCCCCUGAUAUUAGAUCUGGUUUAGAAAUACUUGAUGAAAUUGAGGAUCUUGGCCUACUUAAAGUAACAGAAAUUGAUGCGGAAGAAGUAAAUGCAGGCAUCUCAAAAUUAUGCGGUUGUGGUUGGAAAAAAAGAAGUAUUUUUUGGGAUUUGCCUUAUUGGAGUACUAAUUUAAUAAGGCACAACUUGGAUGUUAUGCAUAUCGAGAAAAACUUCUUUGAUAAUAUAUUCAAUACAGUGCUAAAUGUCCCGGGUAAAACAAAAGACAAUGCUAAGUCUCGAGAAGACUUGAAGGAAUUCUGUUGUCGCCCGGAGUUGCAUAAAGAUGAAAGCACUGGAAAAUAUCCAAAGGCUUCUUUCACUCUAGACAAAAAAGAAAGGGAAGAAUUAUGUAAUUGGGUUAGAGAACUCAAAUUUCCUGAUGGAUAUGUUUCCAACAUGGGUCGAUGUGUUGAUAUGAAGAAAUUGAAAUUUUACGGGAUGAAGAGCCAUGAUUGUCAUGUGUUUAUGCAAAGACUUAUUCCAAUCGCAUUUCGUGAAUUACUACCUGCAAAUGUAUGGCAAGCGUUGACAGAAUUGAGUCUUUUUUUCAAAAGCCUAACAUCUACAGUUAUUAAAAGGGAUGAAAUUGAGCGUUUAGAGCGAGAUAUUCCUACGAUUUUGUGCAAGCUUGAGCGUAUAUUUCCUCCAAGUUUCUUUGACUCAAUGGAACACCUUCCUAUUCAUUUGGCUUAUGAAGCACGAAUAGCGGGCCCAGUCCAAUACCGAUGGAUGUAUCCUUUUGAGAGGUACCUUCGUAGGUUGAAAAAUAAUGUGAAAAAUAAAUCUCAAGUUGAAGGUUCAAUUGCCAAUGCGUACUUAUUUGUUACGGAUUUGACUUUUUGUCACAAAGAUUUAGGAUUAUAUAAGAGGAUAAAAUAUUUAAAAUCAAUAUAUAUAGGACUAGGAUAUCUAAACCCUACUCGGUACGGUAAAAAUAAAUUUGAAGAACAAUACUUAAACUUCAUACCUCCUUGUUAUCGGUUCGACCCGACCGACAAGGAUUUAAUUGAUUUUUUAAAUUUUAAAGUCAAAUGUCUUCCCUUACCUCCCAAUCCUAUUCACGUAGAAGAUAUUUACCAGUACCAUCCUCAGAAUCUCACUGAGAGGUAUAAGCUGAUAAGAGAAAAGGAGUGGUACUUCUUUUCACCAAGAAUUAAGAAGUAUCCUAAUGGAGAGAGGCCCGAUCGAUCGGCCAGCAACGGAUUUUGGAAAGCGAGCGGAGCUCAAAAACCGGUUUCAAACUCCUUAGGAUUCAAGAUGAAACUUGAAUAUUAUGAGAACAAAAAUCCAAUUCUAACAAAAAAGAGGAAGGCUACUAUUGAUUACAAGAAAACAACUUGGAAAAUGCAUGAAUAUACUUUCAAACACCCACACCAAGACAGAACCAAUAUGCAGUUAGACGAAUACGUGCUUUGCAAGAUAUACAAUUCUAAGAAAGCAAAGAAGCAAGAGAAUUAUAAAGAUGGAGCAGAGGCAGACAAUACAAAUUCCAUGCCACAAAACAACGAAAUAGUUGCAUGCACUUCAAAUUCAGCUGCAACAAAUUAUUCUGCACAUCAAAUUACGCCACGGAUAGAUCCGUAUUUACAUGAUAACUCGGUUGGACAAUAUGUCCAACAUUCAGCUGAUAAUUACGGGUGGCUACCUUCUCCUUCACAUGAUAAUUAUUUCUGGGAAUUCAAUAGUUGUAGCUACAAUGCACCAAACCAGAUACAAGAUUCUUGGUGUUAUAAUAGCAAUGAAUUAAUUCAACCCGUCAAAUUCGAAGAUGAGGCUUGGUUUGAUAGCUGCAUGGAGAUGGAUCCAGAAUGCAAUAUUGACACAAACAAUGAUGAAGCUUCUUCAAUGCCACUACUAGCUUCGCAGGUUGCGGAUCGUGAGAGUGAUAACGGUGAGCUUAAUCAGAAGAAUGAAGCUACAUCUGACACUGAUCUACGUCUCAGAAAAGAUCCUAAAUAAAUUCAUAAUAUAAUGCAGCCUCAUCGAUGUUUUAA